AUCCCAACAGAUUGUUAUGAAUGUGCUUGCUCUGCUUUUUUUCGGGAUCGCGAGGCGUUGGAGACUCAUCUUAUAGACAUACAGAUCCAAAAAACCUACCACACUACUCAGCUUGAAAAGUGCCUUGCCCACUCGAGAAGCGGUAAUGAUGAACAUUUCUGCGAUGGCAGCUGUAUGAACCUGUGUUUAACAUGUCCUCACGAUGUGUGCAAACCAAGAUCGAAAGCAUACAAGACAAGCGCGAACCUUGUGCGGCACUAUGCAACACGUAAACAUGUCCUCUUUUACCUUUGGACUAUUCACUAAUACCCUUACGACAGAUGUCACAUGCGAUGAAGUAUGUGUCUUUUGUUGCAUACACUUUCAAGAGACUCAUAAGUUUUUGAGACAUGUCGAUGAAUGUCACAAGAAAGAGGAAGGCAGGAAAGCACUUUUUAUUAGCUCUACGUGUGGAGAAUUGAUGAUGAAAGUGACACACGAGCUUCAUGUUGCACGGCACAAACCAUCUUCCGACAUAAAUGUCGUAGGUAAGAGAAGGCGGGUAGACUCAGACGUGGACUACACUGAAAGAGCCGGGAAAGUUCGUGCAAUGAACAACGGGCACCAGAUCGCUCAAGCUGUCAACCAAUUGAGUUACUCCAGGCAACCAACUUUGACAUUCAUAGGAACAGGUGGGGAAUCAAGUAGUGUGAACAUGAAUGGGGCGGUGGACAUGAACAGGGCGAUGAACAGUGCGGAUAUACAUGGAGGGGUCGUCAUGAAUGGGGCGGUGGACAUGCACGGGGCGAUGAACAGUGCGGAUAUACAUGGAGGGGUCGUCAUGAAUCGGACGGAUAUGAAUGGAAGGGUGGUCGUGGAUAGUGUGGGAAUGAACGGGUUCGGCGAGUCUCCAGGGAUAAUAAGCUCACCACCUACGUUCUGGGGAGCGCAGGUUUAAUAAAAACGACCAACUAUGUCUUUGCUUUGCCGGCUG